CUGUCUGCGCCCUGAUAGGAAUAGAUAUAUAAGCUCGCUGCGGGCCAAAGGCGACGCAGUUUACCCGAGAAGGUUACCUGGAACUCAUAAUGGCUUCAAAAGUUCUGAUAGCGUUGCUCGUCGUCGUUACUGUUGCAGCUUCAGCUCAAGCGCUGGAAUGCAUGCUAUGCUAUCCUUCGGAUGCCGGAUGCACAUCGGGUCAGGUGACAACAUACGAGACUUGCCGUGACUUAUCCGUGAUUGGUUUUAAGUCGUUGUGUUAUGGCGCACGAAUUGAAGGAACCAAAGACAGCAGAGGCUGCUCACAUGUACGCCCGUCGGAGAGUUUCUGCAGAAUAAUAAUAAGUAGGGAGGUCGCAGUUAGAGAAUGUAGGACUUGCGAGACCGACAGAUGCAACUAUCCACCAAUAACCGGUAAUAUGUCUAGCUGGACGUGGCCUUAGAUCAGUCAUAUUAACAUAUGAUUUAAGGAGGUUGUCACCUAAUCGCCAAGAUUAGUGAAUUAUUUCUAUUUUUACAUACCUACUGUUUAAUUUUAUUUCUAUUCCGUUUUAUAAAGUGCACAUAAAAUGUAAAAUAAACGUUUGCCUUUAA